AUGAGCAGGCUUCAGAUUCCUUCCUUUGGUAGGAGGAAAAAUCCUCCCCCAGCCACUACUGUUGCUGGAGUAACCUCCUCUCCCGCAUCAGCCUCCUCUUCAGCCACCAUCUCUGACACUAUCCAGAGUACGGUGGCUAUUGAUCCUGUUGUUAGCACCCCUGCUACCAACCCGAGCACAUCUCCACAGAUCAUUACUACCCCUGCUGCUGCUGGGGGUGCCCGGGACAAAGAGCGAGGCAAAAGACCUCAUCAUGACGGUGGAGUCAAUCCCGAGGAGGAAUCUCUUACAAGGAGGACCCGAGUCUCUAGGCCGAGCGCUCUCUUGCAUCGCCCAGUCAGAGCUCCUGCCCCCUCCGGGCCUGCUGCCUCUGCUUCAGCUUCAGCUUCUGCCUCUGCUUCUAUUCCUGUUUUACCACCAUGGGCUCCUCGAUACACCCAAAUGGAUAGGACGAUCACUACAGCUCCUUCUACCGUUCAACCUCUAAUCGCUCUUCCUUCGUCAACUGUGGUAUCUCCCGUAGUCACUGCUGAUGUUGGGCCCCAGCAGAGCGACUCUGUUAUUCAUCUCGAUUCCCCACCUCGUGAGGGUGAGAUGGCUAACGGGAACGAGGAGGUGGGUCAGCACAACCAGGAGGCUGUCGGUACUGAGGCAGCUAGCUAG